GAAAGAGGGUAAAAAUUUAUGCCGCCUCCUGCAAUUAAUUUUUCAGCAAAGCUUCAAUCUACCCCACCACCCACAACUUUUAUCCAACCGCAAUGCCGACCAGGGGCUAUAAGCGACGGCCCUGAGAGCGCUGUUUCCACGAGAGAUCAUUCUUCUGGGCAACACCCCUUGCAGGCUGCAGGCCGGUAGAGUAGGUAGCCUAAGAAGCCGGCUUCGGUAGAUUCACCAGGCUGGAUAUCUAGCUGUUUUUAAGGUCUCCUUGUGAAGGAUUUCUUGUUUUGGUGCAUCUGCUUGAUGGCUUUUUUAUGAGCACUUAUUGAGGUUUGGUGGGUAUCAGAAGCUUGAACGGCGAAGCUGGUUGUGUUUGUUUUCUUUGUUUUUGGCCUUUUUGGGGUUGGAGCUUUGUAAUUUUGAAUCUUAAGGGAGUAGAACUGGAGCUUGGAAUGUGGUGCUUGAAAUAUGAUCAUGGCAAUGCCUGACAAUGAAAGAUGAAAUUUGGGUCAAGGGGUGGUUCGGAUAUUGGGUUUUCUGUGUUCAGCAAUUAGCAUAACCGUUACGGAAAGAACGAUCUUUAGCAAAUUCUCACGAUUGGAGAAAAACUCGUUGAGGAGGAAAUUAGAGUCUCUAUCUGGGAAGGUGAAAAGGUGUUGUAGCUGCAAAGAUUGGUUAAAGUGAUUUGGGUGUUUGAGGUUGUUCUUCUUGGACAUUUAUAAAGAGGACUUGGGACAUUGUCAAUUAUCCUACGUGUCUGUUGUAAGAUACCUGACCCCAAAGAUAUGGUAGGCACUGCAGCAGUAAACCAUAGUUCUGUUCAUCCAAAUGGUUCUGCUCACAAUGGCAAUGGAGUAGAAGAAAAAUUGGAUGAACUUCGCCGACUUCUGGGAAAAGCUGAUGGUGAUGUGCUAAGAAUCGUCGGUGUUGGUGCUGGUGCUUGGGGCAGCGUCUUUCUUGCGCUUCUGCAAGAUACCUAUGGCCAUUUUCGCGACAAGAUUCAGAUUAGGAUCUGGAGAAGAGCAGGUAGGUCUGUCGACCGAGCAACGGCAGAGCAUUUGUUUGAAGUGAUUAAUUCAAGGGAAGAUGUACUUAGAAGAUUGAUCAGACGCUGCGCUUAUCUGAAGUAUGUCGAAGGCAGGCUUGGUGAUCGGACCCUGCACGCAGACGAAAUUUUGAAAGAUGGUUUCUGCUUGAACAUGAUUGAUACGCCGCUAUGCCCAUUGAAAGUUGUCACCAAUUUGCAGGAAGCCAUAUGGGAUGCAGAUAUUGUAAUAAAUGGUUUGCCGUCGACUGAGACAAGGGUGGUAUUUGAAGAGAUUAGCAAAUAUUGGAAGGAAAGGCUUAGUUCUCCUAUAAUUAUUUCUUUGGCUAAAGGAAUUGAAGCUGAAUUAGAGCCUGUUCCUCGCAUCAUUACUCCCACCCAAAUGAUCAAUCGGGCAACUGGAGUUCCUAUGGAGAAUAUUCUUUACCUUGGAGGACCGAAUAUAGCUUCUGAAAUAUACAACAAGGAGUAUGCCAAUGCACGAAUAUGUGGAUCUGACAAAUGGAGGAAACCUCUUGCAAAGUUUUUAAGGCAGCCUCAUUUCAUUGUGUGGGAUAACAGUGACCUUGUCACUCAUGAAGUUAUGGGUGGUUUAAAAAAUGUGUACGCUAUUGGGGCAGGCAUGGUUGCAGCUCUGACCAAUGAGAGUGCUACGAGUAAAUCUGUUUAUUUUGCACAUUGUACAUCUGAAAUGAUAUUCAUAACUCACCUGUUGACUGAAGAACCGGAGAAGCUUGCUGGCCCAUUGCUGGCUGAUACAUAUGUUACUCUCCUAAAGGGUCGUAAUGCAUGGUAUGGGCAGAUGCUAGCAAAGGGAGAACUUAGUCGUGAUAUGGGUGAUAGCAUCAAAGGGAAGGGAAUGAUUCAGGGUGUAUCUGCUGUACAUGCAUUCCACGAGCUGCUUGGUCAACCCUGCCUAAAUGUGCUACAUCCUGAUGAAAACAGACCGGUUGCCCCACUUGAACUAUGCCCCAUCUUGAAGACGCUCUAUGGAAUCCUUAUCACAAGGGACCUACCUACUCAGGCCAUUCUUCAAGCUUUAAGAGAUGAAACCAUGAAUGAUCCCCGUGACCGAAUUGAGAUAGCAAUGAAGCACGCUUUUUACAAGCCAUCGCUUUUGAGGCAACCUUGAAACCAUGGUGACUUCUGUAGCCUUCACGCAGGUUGCUGAACGUAUGCUCCUUGGUUUGUUAACUGGGGGUGAGAAUCUUGUCCAUAUGAUCGAUGGGUUUAAAAAACUUUUGAGUUUCAUCUUUAGUUUGUAUUGCUCGCAUGUGAGAAAUGUCUGGAGGAUUGUUGCCUUAUUACUGAAUAAUCAAUAGAAAUCUUCAUUUUGCUUUGAUCUGUA